GGAAUAACGCUCGCUCAUGACCGGGCAAGAGGUUAUCUCUUAGGAGAUAGAAAAUUAAAGCACAAUAAAUUGGCGCGUCCCGAUCGGGCAAUGCCAGUAUGCGAGACGCGUUUGUGAUAUAAACUGUUUCACUGUGAGCGUUAAUUAAAAUAUUAAUUGAGUGGUGAUAAUUAACAACAUGAAGCGCUUAGUCCUCAUAGCCACAUUGGCUACACUGGCUACAGCCAAGCCAGGUACAUAUAAAGAGACAGAAGACUUUCAAUAUUCGAGGAGUUCGACGGACGAAGGUAGUAAAUCCGGCUUCUAUGGCGCUCAGAGAGGAAAUAUGGGAGGAAACUAUGAACGGGCACACAACAUGGAUGGGCUUGCACAGCAUCAAAUGAGCGGUUUAGUGAGACAGGUGGAAGGUGAAUUAGGAGAUGGGUCAAAAACUAAAAGUGGCAGUGUCUUUACUGCUGCCAAUUCCAGAGGAAUGUAUGGAUCGGGUCACUACGAUCUUAGCAAUCUCGAAGGUCGUAAUUUUCAAGAAGGCGUUUCGUUCCAUGAUUCCCAAUCACAAUUGCAAUCACAUUCGUCCCUGACAGCUCAGUCUGGCCACCACAGUCACUCAUCUGGCUACGGCGCGCAGUCAUCUGGCUACAACGCGCAGUCAGCUGGAUACAACGCGCAGUCAGGAUACAAUACGCAAUCGUCAGAUAUUACCGCUCAGUCUUCUGCUUUAAAUAGUGCUGCUUACAGCGGCCGUCACUUGCACGGUUCAAGGACACAGAGUGGAUACAAUGGUUAUCAAUAUUUAGGAUACAACGGAGCAGAAAACAAUCAACAACAAGCGGAAAAUUUACAUGCUGCCGAUCAGUAUGAAUAUGGCCAACGACAAGCAAAUGGUCAUUAUUCACAAUCAGCAUACAACAGUCAAAGUGCAUACGAUCAAAGCAGUUCUAACGUACGUAAUGCAAAUUCUUAUGGGACAAAUUCCCAAACUAGAGUGAUAUCUGCAGUACCCGUAAGAAUUGUAGGUAGGCCUGGUACAAGGGUGGCAGUGCCAAUUGCCACAAAACCUUACGAUGCUUUGAAUGGUGCCGCAUAUGAACAGAAUUCCGUUAAUAGCGAUGCUGAAGUAUUAAGCAAUCAAAAUCAAGAUAACAGCUAUAAACCCACUGGACCCAAACACUACGAAUCAUCGUACAGUUAUCGAAAACAAUGGGAAAAACAUGAUACGCAUCCUGUUACUGUACUGCCGGUAGUAGUUCCUACCAGUAAUUCAUUCCCAAAAAAUAGCGAACUCUAUGAGGAUGCACAGUCACUCUCCGCUGGUCAGCAAUAUGAAUCAUCUGGUCUUGGUUCUCAUCGUUCUCACUCUCACUUAAGUAAUUCCUACAGUGGCUACAAUGCGAACGCUAAUUUGGCUUCGUUAAGUCAAUCGCAGCACCAAUCUGCUUUUAAUGCUCAGAGUCACAGGUCAACAUCAGCAAAGGCCACAGAUUCUAGUGCUUCCUCACAAGGAAUUUACAAUUCCGCCAAUACUGCAGAUACAACUAAUCAAAUUGAAGACGUAGACAGUAAACCUAAAAGUUACCAUUCAUCGUAUUCCUAUCACAAGUCGUGGGAAAGACAGGGUGAUCCUUACGUCAUAAAGCCAGCGAGCAGCGGCUUUAAUACAGAAGCAUCACAAAGACUAACUGCAGCAUCUACCAAUCAUGGAUCAUGGUCAUCUCAACGCUACGGAUCACAAUAUCAACAAGCUCAACAAAAUGUUUUAAAUAUGGAAGAUUGCGAUGAAAACGCUCAUAUUCGAGUCGCACGGUCUUACAACACACUUCAAUAUGAUGAACAAAAUACUUAUCAGCAAAACAAUGAGAAUCAAGAAAUAUUGAGCCAACAAUCUCAAAACCUAGAAGACUUAACUCAACAAACACAAAACAAAUGGGAUAAAAUAGAGGAUUUGGGACAGCAAAGACAGAAUCAAUGGGACCAAUCAGAAGAUUUAGUACAACAGACACAGAAUAAAUGGGAUAAAUUAGAAGAUUUAGGACAACAGGCACAACAUAAUUGGGAUCAGUCAGAAGAUUUGGGCCAACAGGCACAAAAUAAGUGGGACCAAUCGGAAGAUUUAGGACAACAAUCUCAGAGUAAAUGGGAUAAGCUGGAAGAUGCCGGACAACAGACGCAAUCUCAGUGGGACAAGUUUGAAGAUGGUGGCCAACAAACACAAAAUCAAUGGGAUAAAUUAGAAGAUUUAGGACAACAAACAAGGCCGCAGUCAUUUAACCUUGAAAACACUGAUCAGCAGUCUCAGAGUAAAUGGGAUCAUUUCGAUGGACAACAAUCACAACUUGACGUUGGACAACAAUUGCAAAAUACAUGGAGUCAACAGGAGAGCACCGGUGAUGGUAGUGUGGGGCAAGAGACACAGAUCAACUGGGAUAAUUUAAACACUUACACAACACCUAAUAAUGACAAGAUAUCUAAACCAUCAACGGAUAUAGUUCCGUCAAGGGAACGAAACGAUAACGACAAGAAGCCUUUAUUUCCAAAUCUCGACAGCCAUGACAGUAAUUUAUUUGGUUCUCCAACUACCGGGUCCCCCAAAGAACAAACUGUACAAAGCAGUGGGGUAAAUAAUUUUCCCGAACACCCACAUGAUCCGUGGAAUAUGAAUAUCCCUUUUAAUAGUAACAAUAAAUACUGGGUACCAUCUGAUAAUGGCAACCUUCCAGCUCCUCAUAAUAAUUAUAAUCAUCCUUGGUUUAAUCAUUUUUCAUACGUACCUCAAAAUAGCGAACAAGCAUUAUUACAGAAUAACUAUCACAAUCAUCAAGCGCACACAUAUAAUGCUUGGGAGCAUCAUUGGCCGUCAUUCACGGAAUCACAAACACAAAACAGUCGGCAAGAAUCAUCUAUACAUCACCAUGAUGCAGGUGAAUUCAAGCCUUCAAAUACUGCUCAAGGCACUUCUACGCUAUGGAAUUUAUGGGAUAAAGUUGAUGCUAUAGAGAAGCAAACAAUUUCUUCUAAUAAAAAUGAAACCGAAGUGUCCCAAAAUUCGUUUUUCUCACAUACUGAAUCUAAUCAUGGGCAAACAUCUACCAAUGACCAAAGCAAACCGCUGGGCAAUCAGAAUAAACCUUUCGUGCAAAACUAUGGGCACAAUGCGAGGGAACCCCAAUUUUCUUAUAAAGAGGAAUCUACACCACCAACUUCAACGACAAAAAGAGAAGAAACUGUAACGUUUUCGACUCCUGUUAUAGUAAAUAUUAAACCUCAUGAAGGUAAAUUGUCCCCGUCCGACGUAGGACGAGGUGAUAUUGGUCCUGAAGAUAGUGUCCUAGAUAACACACCGCAAUCGAAUUCCCAAGAUAUUUCCAAUGAAUUCGGCACACAAGCAAAACCUGAUAUUGUCGGUUCUAUCCCAGAACAUAAACGCUAUAAAACGCCAGCUGAAAUUGAAGCAUUAAGUCAGGUAUUAGGUGAUGGUAAGACGACUACCGACAGCACACAAAUUUUCAAAGAAAGUAUUUUUAGUGCUAGUUCACACGGAUCACCGAAGCACACGUUUUCAAUAACUAGUAGCACAACUUCGCGUCCUGUAAGUGGAUUUGAUGAAAAUGACAGACAAUAUCAGAAUAUGGGUCAAUAUGGCGGAAAUACCGUAACAGUCGAAAGUGGCAAAAUUAACACAUUUGGUCAAACGGAUCUUCAAGAAUCUGUUAAUCAUUUUGAUCAACAAAGUGAAGAUUUUAAACAAGAAAACACAGACAAGGAAUUUGAAAUUCAUAAACUGAAUGCUGCGGAUACGAUUCUUCAAAGAGAACAAAACGAAAACAACAACAAACCUAUUAACAAGGUAGAAAUUAGCGAAAACGGUAACAUUCCGACGCAACAUAGCAUGGUGAACAACGAAAAUAAGACUAAUAAACCUCUUCCAAACUCGUGGAAUGACAAUACAAAUAGUCCAGAUAACAUAUACAACUCUUGGUUCCACCAAUUACCACACAAACCUCAAAAUAGGGACCAAACACAAUAUAAUAACUAUAAUAAUCAAAGACCGAAUAACCAACAAUUAAACAUUGGUCAACAAAAUGAAAAUUUUGGCCAACAAAGUGAAAGCUUCGGCCAACAAAGUGAAAACUUUGGACAACAAAGUGAAACUUUUGGACUACAAAGGGAACACUUUGAGCAACAAACCGACAACUUUGGACAACAAAUCGAAAACUUAGGUCAACAAAGUGAAAACUUGGGCCAAAAUUCUAAUCAACAGUUUGAAAGUUUCUACCCACAAUUUGACAAGAAGGAACUGGCCACAGUACAACAAAGUGAAAAUUUUGGUCAACAAAGUGAAAGUUUUGGACAGCAAAGUGAAAAUUUUGGACAACAAAGUGAAAAUUUUGGUCAACAACGUGAAAGUUUUGGACAGCAAAGUGAAAAUUUUGGACAAAAAAGUGAAAUCUUUGAACAACAAAGCGAAACUUUUGGGCAACAAAGUGAAAGUUUUGGACGGCAAAGAGAAAAUUUUGGACAACAAAGUGAAAACUUUGAACUAGGCGAAAAUUUUGGCCAACAAAGUGAAAACUUGGGCCAAAGUGCUGAUAGACAGUUUGAAAGUUUCGAGCCCCACUUUGAAAAGAAGGAACCAGCCACAGAAGAACAAUUUGAAAUUUUUGAACAGCAAGUAGAUAAGUUCGACAAACUAGAUACAGAACUUUUAAAUUCAGAAACACAAAAACAACAUAAACUACCGAAUAUUGAAAUCAGUGAAAGUAAUAUGCAUAACACAUACAACCAACAACAAAGUGGAAACUGGAACCAAAACGAAGACAAGAAACAAAACAGACAAACAGGUUGGGAACUACAUCAAAAUCUAGACGAAAAAGGUCCUGUACAAGAAACACAAAACCUAGAAGUUAUCCCAGUUGAAAAACCUAUACAUAAAAUAGAGGUACCAGAAGAACGAGCUGGAUAUAAAGAUCCAACAUCUCCUAGUAUUGUUACAGAUACACCACCAGAAACUGAAAAGCCAGGGUUUUGGAAAUCUGUAGGAAAUAAAUUUGUUAGUGCUAAAGAUAAAGUAUUUUCAUGGUUCGGCAAAAGUUAGCUAGCUAUAUGGUCAAACAUUGUUAAUUAUUAUCUAGAGUAGAGAUGGUCUAGAAAUACAGACUAAUUAACUAGUCAUAAUCAUAUUAUUAUAUCUAUAAAAAUAUGAAAAAAUAAAGAUGAUAUUAAUUUAAUUUUUUGAGUCAUAUACACAUUGCAGAGAAACAUUAUAGAUUAUGAACAUUUAAGUAAAAAAGUGCACUCACCUCAGGCAAUGAAUUAAAAUAUUUGACAAAUGCUUGUUGUUGUACGGAAUCUGUAAAAAUAAAAAUAACUACCAUUUAAUUUAACCAUAAGUACAUGCAUGAUCACAGUAAAUCUAAAAGAUAUUACACAAGGUAUUGUUGAUGUUUGUCAAUGCUGAUAGCAUGUUAAAGAAGAAUUUUACAAUAAAAUAUUUGAAAUGAUAUGUUGUUUUUAAUGAAUAUGUAUGAUUAUUUUAAUAUUCUUUGCAAUGAUGUUUCCUAAUGAUAUAAUAUUGUUGGUGUGGGAGGAGAAUUACCUAAUAUUUUCUAGUUUUGAGAAAAAUGCGAUUUAUUUACUGUUUUUUUAUUAUUGGAUUUAAGACAUAAUUAAUGAAUAGAAUACUAUUUUAUUAACUACUUGUUACAGUUAAUUAAGUUUUCUUGCACGUAAUGCAAAUGUGUGAAUAGUAUAGUUAGGCUAAAUAAAUGCAGUUAGAGUAAGUAAAUGAUGAAUAAUAAAUAAUUUAGUAGUUAAAUACAAUAACCAAAUCAUGUUGGAAUUUGAAUCACAUCUGUUUAACAACUUAUGUUAUUUAGGACAUAUUAUUAUAUCUAAAUUAUAAUUAUUAAUU